GAAAUUGAUCUUUUCUUCACUCAGGUCCUGAAUGCGCAACAGGAUCAGCCAGCAGAUUGUUAACAGUUCAGUCUGGAGGAUCGGUCAUUAUUCCAUGUUAUUAUGACAGGAAAUACACAAAACACAAGAAAUACUGGUGCUUUGAUGCCUAUGGAGCAUACAAUUACUGCAACAUACUGGCAUAUGCUAAUGAAACCAAAGGGAAAGUGUCAGUAACUGAUCAUCCAGAUCAGAGUUUCUUUACUGUGAGCAUGAGAAACCUGCAGAAUAAAGACACUGGAUCUUACUGGUGUGCUGUGGAGAUUGAAGGAGUAUGGAUAGAUAAAACAGAGCAGCUUCAUCUCACAGUUCAGUCAGCUCCUGAUGUGUCUGUGGUGAGCAGCAGUGUAUCUGGACAUGAAGGUGGUAAUGUCAGUGUCCAGUGUUUCUACAGUUCUGGAUAUCAGAAUAAACUCAAACAGUGGUGCAGAUAUAAAGAUCAGAGAUGUUACACAGUGGGGAGGACUGAUACAUCCCAGAGUUCAUCAGUCCAGAUCAGUGAUAAUGUUAGGAGAAGAUCCUUCACUGUGCUGAUGACUGGACUGAGACUCAGUGAUUCUGGAUGGUUCUUCUGCUCUGCUGGAGAUCAGCAGACUUCUGUUCAACUCACAGUCACUGUUCCUGAUGUCUCUCUUGAAGAUCCACAUGUUCCUGUUUCUGUCACUGAACCAAAACCAGCAGUUGUGACCACAGAAGCAUUUGAGAGAAACGGCAGAGUUGCAGCUCUCUCAUCUACAACACCAAACAACGAAUCUACAGUGAACAGUGAAGAGCAGCACAAUGAGCAUCAUGGGCAUCUGGAGGUGUGGAUUUCGGUGGUUGUUCUGUUGCUGCUGAUGGUGGCUGUGGUUCUGUCAGCCAUAAUAUUGAGAAAUAAGCUUGGUCAGUAUUGAUGACUUUUCUUAAUCUAUAGCAUAUUUGAUCAAUCAUUUAGGGUGCUGUCACACUUGGUUCUAUUGCCUGGUCCGAACCCGAGUGCGAUUGCUCCC